CAAUUGACAUCGUUCUCGCGAAUUCUUUUUUGACACCUCAAUUGUUAAUACACAAAUUUUUCACGUAACUGCAAGCGUAGAAGACAUUAACGUCAAAAUGAAAAUGCCACCCCAAAAACCGGUCGGUAAUGGUUAUUAUGGGUACGAAGAUAUACCCCACAUUCCCGAAAAUGAGGUAGACAACUCUACCUCUCCACCAGGCGAAGCUCCAAUUGAACAGGCAACAACAAACAGUGCAGAAAACGACUUUGCAGAGUAUUUGUGGAUGGAACAUGAAGAGGAGUUUGACAAGCAAGUUAUGCAGCAGCUGGAAGAAGAAGAACUAAUGGAACAAUGUAUUGAAGCAAUGUUGGAAGAAGAGCAGCGUAAUUUAACGGACGAGCAAACAGAAAGAAUUAAUUCGCAAGACGCCCCACCGACCGAGGAUAAUGAGGUUAUGAACCUCGUCAAUAACUUCCGGCUUGACUUAUUCGACGUCACGAAAAGUACGUUAAAUCCUCUAGCUGCCGAAUUCGUGCCGGAUGUGAGAGGCAAGUCACCACCUCCCAACACUGAAUGACUACAACAUACGGUUAACUUUCAUACUACUUAGGUAAUGUAGCUGUUCGAAAAUGCGAUUAGUACUAAUGAAAGUAGAGGCGGCGUGCAGCUUCAACUUUAUUUACAACCACAGUAGCGUUGAAAGUGUUCGCCGUUGCCAUUGGAAACAGGUACACCCCAGUUGAGCAGUAAAUUAAAAAAUCAGCCUUCUCGUUGUGUUAAUAACUAAUUUUAAGGUAUUGGUGAUAGUAAGUAUUACACCCUUUCGAAAACGUCAUCAAAGGAGUGUUUAUGUUGUAUAAUAAUCCUUUAAUUGUCUUAUUUGGUGCAGGUGAGGGACUAAUUAUGCGCACUAUCGCCAACUCAUGGCCAGUUUAGGGAUUGUUAUUUUGGAGGAAGUGUUUAUUUAAUAAAUUGAAUGUUUAUUUUGGUAAUUUUAUGAAUAUUUAAAAGUUGAGCACUGUAUUUGCAUGUCAUUAAAGUCGGAAGCUAUAGCAAGUUUUAAUUGAGGUUCCUUGAACUGUCAAGUUCUCGACCACCUCAUUACAGCAGCUAUAUGCCUAAAACGCCUUUUGUCUUAGGUAUAAGAUUGUCGAUCCUCUUUGUUCCUACAGGUUAAAGUCUAGGUCUGUCAAACCUGACUACUGUAAAUGAAAAGGAUUCGGACAGUUUAAUUGCUUAGAUGGUUUUGCAGAUCCUUAGAUAUGGAAUCUAAUAGCAUUUUGUUGUUGAGCUACCUCCAAUCCAGAGUAGAUUGAAGGGGGAUUAAUUUAAUUUGAGCAUCCUACGUAAGAUAUCUCGGGCAUCGCAUUCCGGAAAAAAGUAGCAUUUUUUAUAAUAUUUCAGAAUUUACAUACGUAAAUAUAAUACCUACUACAUAUUUAUAAAUACUGCAGUUGCCAACCAGCUUCAUGUAAUAGGGUAAAUUCUCCUAGGGGGGAUUAACUGAUCGUUAGGCACUUAGGAUAUGAUAAUAUAUAUAAACUCUAAAUACUUACAACAUAUUAGUUAAAGCACAUGGCUAUUUUUUAUUGUAAUAAAACUAGUUAAUAAUAAUAAUAUAUAUUCUUCCUCUCCUAUUGCUUGAGGCAUCUCAGUAAUAAGGUAUUCAAAGUCAAUGAAAUUUUCUCCCACACCUGCAUUGAAGUCAUCAUUUCAUCAAGCUGUUGUUCUUAUUCUACUACGUCAAAUUAAAAAAUCAAACUUAAAAUACUAAUAUAGAUCCAUAGGCCAUAACUAGAAUAUAUAAUAUAUGCUAUAUAGCUCAGGGGUAGACAAAGUGCGGACUAUUAUUUAAUAAUUACAAUUUACAUUUAUAUGUACAAAGAGACUCUUUUAGGAGAAUAGGUACUGUACAAUUUACCUAUGUACCAUUUAAGUGGACCACAUCAAAGCAUUAGAUAAAUCUGUUAACAAAUGGGAGUUAUUUAGAGUUUGACAUUUUUAGUGCAUGCCCACAAACAAAUAAAUGUUGGUGAAUGGCUACAAUCUGGUAAUGGUUUAAGAAACGUGCGUGGCAUGUGAUAAAUUUAAAUUUUCUGAAUAUGUACCACCUCUCACCAACUUGAGAAAAUGGGUACAUCGACAAUUGAUGACAUAGAUGAAUGUAUAUAAUUUUACGUUUUUGUAUGGAAUAAAAUCUCAUAUCUUUUGUAAGUGUACUCGUGUUUAAUUCAGAGAUUACAAUAAAGUAAGUACCAAAAU